CAAGGCGAGCAAAGUUGAAAGAGAGGUUAACAAGCGGCAAGAAGACGUUAUAGUAACCGUCACCAAAUUUGCAAGAUUCAAGGUCGCAGCAGAAUUGUGUAACACGAAAAGGAGAAUCCUGGAUUCAGAAGACUGUUCAAAACUCGCAGUGUAGCAAAGCGAGCAACUCAGCACUGGUUACUUAGGCCCACACUACAAGGCGAGGUAGGGACUGAAAUCCUUCCGUGGCCUUGAAUUUUUCAAUUUAGUGACGGCUACUGUAGUUAUAUUCUGCUCAAGUCAUCAGCGGAACAAAUAGCGACGCCAUCUACUGAGUAAAAAUUGUGAUUACACCUCGUCGCCACAGAUGUCACUAGCAGCAUUUCGCGUUGCAAGAAACUCGUUGUUCAUACGCUAGAUGGUGGAGUAGUGUUAAAUGUUUAUAAAUAUUUACCCUAAUUUCUUAAAUACACAGCCGCAUUGAAACUGAUUUCUAUAGUGGUGAAGUGUUGAGUCGUAUUUUUCGAACGAAUUGAAUUUUUAAAUAUAAUUUAGGUGAGCUUUGGGCUUCAGAGUGGUAACAGAUCGUGGAUGUGAAUCCUUGCUCAGAAGCUGCUCAUGAAAUUAUUUUGUUUGUACAGAAUUAGACAGCUUAUUACUGUGUUUACGAAAUCACUUUGCCGGAAGGUAAAGUGCAUCUUAUGAGCCGGAAUAGGUUUUUCAGGAAAGUGAACGAGUAGGAUAUCAUCAUGGCGUUUCGCGAAAUUUCCAGAAGCGACGAUAUGAGGAUGCGCAGUGUCCACUGUUGUUAUAAAUUGAAGUUGCUGACUGAUUUGAAAUUUAGAAACUUGCUGAUCUACGCUGAGGAGUGAAGUAACUUCCAGUCGGUUCGAGCCCCCUUACUGUGAGCAGACAUGACAAGCAGGAGACUUUGUGGCAGGGCCCUGCUGUUGGUAGCUGUGCUGAAUUGUCUACACUUCAGGACGUGGGGCCAGGUGACAUUCUCCAGGGACUGGAACGCUGGAAAAAGGUCACCAGCUGACCUGCAGUGCAGUGCCAUUAUCAAAUCAGCUGACGAAUUCUGCAGAGUUUUGAUUGAGGAAUUUCGUCAAUUGGCCGCGUGCGAAACGAAAUCACUUCUGAGAUUCCUGAAGGAUUAUGACGACAGUCAAGCUGAUAUAUUUAUGGAAAGUCAAAAUGGACGACAGACGCCAACAAACGAUCUGCAUCAACGCAAUUUUUAAAACAUCUGCUACGAUGAAUUAAAAAUUACAUGUAAUGGCAUACUGAAUUAUAUAUUU